AUGUAUCUUGCAUUCCAAAAAUGUCAUGGUUCAAUAUUCUAUAUACUGCUCUGGAUAACUUUUCUGUCGCUUCAGAUCGUUUCGGCAAAAACUCCAUCACGUCGUGACACUGAGAAAUUUUUAAAUUCCUUGAUUACUCCUAGAGCUGCUUAUCUUCCUCAAUCACACCGUUCGCCUCUUGAACUUGGUUUGUGGCAAACUGAACCUGAGCGUGACCCAAAAUGUCCGCCUUGUUUCGACUGCCACCUUAAAGAUUUCCCAUGCUCGCAUUUUACUAAUUGUAGUGAUUUUAGUGGAAGGUGUGAAUGCCCUCCUGGUUUUACUGGUAACGAUUGUUCAUUACCAGCGUGUAAUUCCUUGGUAGAUGGACACAAUCGUAAAGCCCGUGAGGCAAAUCAAUUUUGUCAAUGUUCUGAAGGGUGGGGAGGAAUCAAUUGCAAUGUCUGUAAUGCCGAUAGGGCUUGCGACCGUAUGGUGGCCACGGGAAUGAAUGGUACUUGUUAUAAGGGAGGGAUCAUUGUAUAUGAGAAUUUUCAAGUGUGUGAUGUAAAAAAUAGGAAAAUUUUAGACAUGCUUCCUGAUCAACCUCCUCAAGUUACUUUUUCUUGUAAUCGCACCACAGAAAAUUGUGAUUUUCAGUUUUGGAUAAACCAAACUGAAUCAUUUUAUUGUCAUUUAAAUGAGUGUUCAUUCACUAGUGACAUUACAGCUGACGCAAAUAAUACAAAGUACGAAUGUCAAAAAAUUAAAUGCGAGUGUGUGAUCGGGGAAAUGCUUUGUGGUAAAAGUGGAUCUAUCGAUUUAUCUGAUUGGCUAACGGAGGAAAUCAAAGGUCCGGCCGAAUUUACAUGUCGUAAUACAAAUGAAUGCAAAUUUUCGGAACCUGCCAUGAAUGAUCUAAUUUUGGCAGUUUUUGGUGAUGAACACAUAACUUUGGAUUGUGAUAGUGGCGAGUGUCUCCACUAUACUGAAGUUCCUGGGUUUAUAAGACCGCCUAAAAGUGAUAAUUCAAUAGUUAUUAUUAUAUCGGUGUUAACAGCAUUCAUUUUUGUCGGUGCUAUUUUUGCAGCUAUCUAUUACUUGUCUCAAGAACGGGGAUCACAUGGAUCUUAUGGAGAAAUUUUACUUGACGAUGAAACUGCCAAGCUUAUGGCAGAUCAUACCCCAGCUACAUUGCAAUUUAAAAAUGUUGGUUAUUAUGUCGGAGAAAAACAAAUUCUUUCUUCAAUACACGGGAUUGUAAAUCCUGGUGAAGUUAUGGCAAUUUUGGGUGGAUCUGGUGCAGGUAAAACCAGUUUUAUGGACAUUCUUGCUCGCAAAAAUAAAGUUGGUAUGGUUAGUGGUGAGAUAUACGUCAAUGGGAGAGAAGUUAAAGACGAAGAAUUCAAGAGUGUGGUCGGUUACGUUGAUCAAGAAGAUCAUCUUCUUCCAACAUUAACUGUUUAUGAAACUAUAUUGUAUUCUGCUCUUUUACGAUUACCUCGAGAAAUGUCAAUUGAAGCGAAGAAGUUUAGAGUAACUGAAACAAUGAAAGAACUAGGAAUUAUUAAUAUUAAAGAUUCUAGAAUAGGAGAUACAGGCACGCGAUCAAUUUCUGGUGGAGAGAAGCGCCGUGUGUCGAUAGCCUGCGAGCUAGUUACUUCUCCAUCGAUUCUUUUCCUCGAUGAACCAACUUCAGGUUUAGAUGCCUAUAAUGCCUAUAAUGUGAUCGAAUGUCUUGUAACCUUGGCAAAAGAUUAUCGUCGUACUGUAGUUUGUACGAUUCAUCAACCAAGAAGCAACAUAUUUGCUUUAUUUGACCAGCUAUUAUUGCUUGGAAGUGGUCACAUGAUAUAUUCUGCGAAACACCAUGAUAAUACGAAUGAAAAUCAAGAUCCCAAUGGAAAUGGUUCUGUACCAGGAUCUCGACCUCAGCUUCAAAGCCGGAAUUCGAUUCAUGAAAUUCAGGAUUCACAAUUAUACUCACCAUCUCCUAGAACAUCAGAAGACAAUGGAAGUUCUUUCGAGUUAAACAAUCGGGAAAUGUCACGUGCGACAGAAAAUAAUUCUCAUGAUAUUGAUAUGGGGGAGGUUAGUGAUUAUAUGAGUGAUCAUUUAAGGAUGUUAGUUGAAAGCUACCGUAGGAGUUCGAUUGCCACUAGAAUUAGGAUGGAAAUAGAUCGUGCUAUCAACAGUGAACAGAAUGAGCCAGUUUUAACAUCGGUUCAAGAAUCAUUAAUUCUCAGUUCUCAUCGCCGUGCAUCGUGGUCUACACAAUUUAAAAUUUUAUCGGAUCGUACAUUCAAGAAUUUGUAUAGAAAUCCUAUGUUAAUGUUAACACAUUAUUGUAUCAGCGUUUAUCUUGCGUUACUUUGCGGUGCCUUAUUCUACAAGGUUACUAACGACAUUGCUGGAUUCCAAAAUCGCAUGGGCAUAUUAUUCUUCAUGUGUGCCCUUCUUGGGUUUGGAUGUUUGAGUUCUCUGAAUGUGUUUGCAUCAGAAAGGAUAAUAUUUGUGAAGGAAAGAGCAAACGGAUAUUAUGCACCAAUUACAUAUUUUACUUCUAAGGUGCUAUUCGAUAUAAUACCACUUCGUGUGGUACCACCUAUUCUCAUGGGCAUCAUUAUUUAUCAAAUGGUUGGACUAGUCGCUGGCGUUAACGAAUUUUUCAAAUUUUUGCUGGUCCUUGUAUUAUUUAAUCUUACGGCAGCAAGUAUUUGCUUAUGUAUCGGCAUUAUUUUUAAAGAGGUUGGUGUUGCCAGCCUGUUGAGUAGUCUGGUGAUGUUAUUCAGUAUGCUGUUUGGUGGUUUACUGCUUAAUAAAGAAUCAAUUCCAAGUUAUCUGGCAUGGCUUAAACAUUUGUCGUUUUUUAAUUAUGCAUUCGAAGCGAUGCUUGUCAAUGAAGUUGUAUACCUCCAGUUGACUGAGGAAAAAUAUGGACUGCAAAUAGAUGUGCCUGGUGCAACUAUUUUAUCAACUUUUGGAUUCAAUGCUUCAGCUUAUUGGCCUGAUGUCACGAAGCUGACAUUAUUGUUCAUGAGUUUCAUCGUGCUUUCGUUCACUUGUUUACAAUUAUUUGUAAAAGAGCUUCGUUAG